AUGGCUGAUCAAUCAGCCACGAAGCUACUUCCACCAAUAGCAACUUCGCCACUACCACCACCCCCACCAUCACCGGCUCCACUAAUUAAAAUACCAGCAAUGGCCAAUACGAAAACUGUUGACUUACCUAAAAUUCAACUUCAACGUUUUGAAAUGGAUACACGCAAACUACGAAAUCCUUCAGCUCAAGCGCUAAAACAACAAAUAUUAGUAUCGAAUCAACCGCCAUCACCAAUCCUCGUACCAAUCGUAGUACCCACGACGCCAACUCCGCGACCUUUUUUUCCAGCAGAACCCAUCAAAUACCUGCCAUUGACACUAUUUGACUUUAAUGGUUCAUCGAAUUAUUAUGAACAUAUAUCGCCAUUUAUUGAUACUAGUGCACUUCAUCUCAUUUGUAUCCAUACAGCCGAUUUUCAUCAAGCAUCUCCUGCAUCUAUUGAAGAUAUAUUCAAUGGUAAAUUUGAUGUAUCAUCAUCGAAUGUGAUCACACAAUUACUUCAAAUAUUACAAAUUCUAUGUGAAAAGGUAACAAAAGCGCAUGCAAUCAUGAUUUUACCUAUUGCUACAUGUAUUGAUUUAUAUGAUGCACGACCACGCGAAGAAAAAACUGCAGUUUUAGAAAAAAUCAAUAAUUUCUUUAAAUUCUAUCUUCAAUAUCGUACGAAUCGAAUAAAACAAGAAAUGGAAACAAUUCAUUCUCUUCAAACAAUAUCAUCAUCACUUUCCGAUCGUCUUAAAACAUUUACUGCUUUACUUAACAUUAGUAUUCAAAUUGAACCAUGUCAAUCAGUUAGUUCUGUAACAUUUCAAGGCAUUGAGGAUCUCAAUCGAACAAUACAACGUCAUGUAUUAACUCAAAAAUCAAUAUUUCCUAAUGUCGAUCGAAUAUUACCAACACUUUGGGCUGAAGCAAAUGAAUAUGUUGAAUCAUUAGCCGAUGUAUUACCUGUACCAUAUAUUCUAUGGGGAAAUUUUACUGAUCGAGUUAUUGGUAAACAUGGUCUUUCACAUUUAAUCAAUGAUAUAACAAUGUCGUUAUAUGACGAGGGGAAAAUUUUAGUUUUAAACGAAGUCGGAACACAAGAUCGUGUUGUUUUUCUUCGUCCGUCAUGGUUAGUCGAUCUUCUCUAUGGUUUAUUUCGUCAUGAUAUGACAACAACGUAUCUUGAUUAUGAUAAAAAUGAAAUUUUUUCAUUAUCAAACAUUCCAGAAUCAACUUUUCAAGGGUAUAAAAAAGAAUUUCUUCAAUUUGGUCUGUUACAUUCCGAUCUUCUUCGGUCAUUAUGGUUUGGUUUAUUACAUAAAAAAGAACAUUUAAAUCAUUUAUGGUUAGCAAUGAUGAGAUUUUUAUUAAUAGCUUAUCCGAAAAUAAGUAAAGCACAAUUGAAACAUCUUCUUCACAUUCAAACACCUGAUCCAUGUUCGAAAGGCGAGAAAAAAAUUGAGCGUUUCAUCGAUGUAAAACAAAAUCCGGAUGUUCGAGAAGAAAUCAAAUUUGAUUAUGCUAUUGUGCCGUAUUAUUUACCAUUUAUGAAUCAAAAUGAACAACAAGACGAAAUAAAAACUUUUAGUAAUACUUUAAAAAAUAUUAUUACCAUUCGUUAUACAAGUCAAUCAUUACCACUUGGAUUUUUUCAUCGAUUUUCUGUUUCAGCGAUAUUAAGAUUAAGCAUAAUCUAUAAGAAACAUUAUAAUAAUUUUAUUUUAGGUGCACAUGAAGAAAAAGAUGUGAGAUUUCUUUUGGAAACAGAUCAUCGAACGUAUUUUGAAUGUCGUUGUGGUACGAGUAUGGUUGAACAGCCAUUAGAAGAAAUUUGGAAUCUACUUAUGCCUAUACUCAAUCAUGCGGAGGCUAUGCUAACAACUAUAGCUCCGGGUAAUGAAUUUAAUCGUUCUGUUCAAUGUCCAAAUUGUAAAGAAUUUUCGUUUAUGGGUGAAUGGACAACACCGAAAGAAUUACAAUGUUCAAAAAUGAAACCUUGUAUAUUAUGUGGUCAAAAUAUUGAUACAGCCCGUCUUGUACAACCCAAUGAAAGCAAACGGCGAAGUGAAGAACUUUUACGGCGAAUUCGUGAACGACAUGUAAAAAGUCCCAACAAAGGGUCAGAUGAUGUACCACCAGCUGCUUCAACUGCAACCCAUUUAUUAGUAUCACCGGUGUGA